GCAAACAAAAACCACAAGGCAGUAUAUGCUUUAAGGGAAAAAAUGAUUGGUAGCACUGCUAUGGCUCUUUGUCUUUCUUUACUUCAUGUCCUCGCAAAAGUAGCUCGUUGAAUAAGUGAAGGAUGGCUCCAAGAUAUGAAUUAGCUGUUGGCCUCAACAGGGGUCAUAAAACUACUACUAUCAGAGUGGCAAAAAGCAAAACAGAGAAAGAAAAAACUGUUAUUCUACGACCAUCCAGAUUGAAGGGGAGACAAACAAAGCACAGCAAAUUUGUCAGAGACUUGAUACGUGAGGUAACUGGACAUGCUCCAUAUGAGAAACGUGCAAUGGAAUUGCUGAAAGUGUCGAAAGAUAAGCGUGCAUUAAAGUUUCUGAAAAGGAGGUUGGGUACACAUAUCCGAGCCAAAAGGAAACGUGAAGAACUUGGAAAUAUUCUUGUACAAAUGAGAAAAGCAGGUGCACAUCAUUGAUUCCAUAAAAUUAAUGUAUCUCAUAUGCAUUAUUAAAAUAUAUCUUUAAUUCCAAA